AUGGGCUUUACAAAAGUUCUCAUUCCCAUGGCUGAUUAUGGUCAUGACCCAACGGAAACCGCAGUAGCAUACACAGUCUUCAAAGAAGCAGGAUUCCAAGUUCAAUUUGCGACUGAAACAGGAAAUGCGCCCAAAUGUGACGAGCGCAUGAUUUCAGGAAUAUCGGGCAAGUUACUCGGUGCAAAACAAGAUGCGAUUAAGAAAUACGAGCAAAUGAUCCAAGAUCCAGCAGCUAAAAGCCCCUUGAGCUGGUCUGAUCCAGCCUUUUCUGUCGCAGACUAUGACAUGAUUUAUUUACCUGGUGGUCAUGAUAAAGCCGUCAGACAAGCCAUAGACUCGGAAGUCUUACAGAAACAUCUCGCCUCAUAUUUUCCUCAAACCCGCAAGCCGAGUCGGAAAGUAGUGGCAGCAGUUUGCCACGGAGUGCAGACUCUCUCUACAGUCACCUUGCCAAAUGGGAAAAGUGUUUUGCAUGAUACUACGACAACGGCUCUUCAGGGGGCGAUGGAGUCUGGUAUCUUUUGGAUAACCAGGCCGUUCUUGGGAGAUUAUUACAAGACAUACGGAAAAGGUACCGAUAAUGUCGAGACUAUUGUUCGGAACGUGCUGGAUAAUCCAGACAAACAAUUCAAGAAUAGCCUAAGUCCUGCGCCGUUCAUCGUUGAGGACGAAGCUUACAACUAUGUCAGUGGCCGAUUCCCUCCAGAUACAGAAACCCUAGCGAAAAGGGCUGUAGAAUUGGUCAAGGAGAUCUCUGCAUAA